ACACGAACCAACACCAACAACAUCAACAUCAACAACACCAACAGCCACCAUGUCGUCGUUGUUGGCGGAGCAUGAGAAGAGCUUCAACGCUCUCAUCACAGACAUCAACCGGAUGUCAAAUACCAUCCCAGACCUCUCCAAAGAUGACAAGAACAGGGAAAUCAACGCCGGCCAUGACGCUGUGGAGGAGGCCAUGGAACUGCUGGAGCAAAUGGAGCUGUGCAUUGGCGAAACUGAAGCAAGUGAGCGCGCUGCUGUCAAGCAACGCAUCGCCUCCUACAAAUCACAACUGAAGGACAGCGAAGCGAGAUUGAAAAAGGCCGCCGUUGCCAUGUCAUCCAGCCAAGCCGCGCGUGACGAGCUCUUUGCUUAUGACGGCACUUCAGAAGACUCGAGGGCGGCGCUGUUGACGAACACGGAGCGGCUGAACCGGACCUCUGAGCGGCUGCAGGAUGGCCACCGCGUUGCCAUGGAGACAACAGAGGUUGCCGUCGGUAUCAUGGACAACUUGCAUGAUCAACGCGACACAAUCGAGCGCUCCCGCGGACGGCUGCGACGAACAGACGGCGAACUGGGCAAGAGCAACAAGAUUCUUAACAACAUGAUUGCGCGAGCCAAGCGGAACAAGGUGGUGGCUGCGUUCAUCAUCAUCAUCGCCAUCUCCCUCAUUGCCGCCAUCAUUUAUCUCAUCGCAAGUCGAUGAUGAUCACGCCUUCAACAACAUCCGCUGUCGCAGCAUUCACAUGUUCACACGCAUGUGCGUUCACGGUUUCUGUGCCAAGUCAAUUCAUGAGUAUGAUUGAUACAUCACCACUUCUUCUUGUUCUUCAUCUGUUUCUUCUCCGCUCCUCCUCCUGCUUGCUUACAGUUUGAUUUCUUUGUGCGCACACCCUUCGCCGCUGUUUAGCAGUAGUGCCUGUGCUUCCCACGUGCGUCUUAUUCCUUCUUGCCGCAACGAUUGCGUGCUGAUGUUGUUGCCCAUCUUGUUGUCGUUACACCAGUACACAUCGCAUGCAACA